AUGCCAACCCGUACCAGACCUUCCAGCACCAAGAUCAUUCUGUUCGCGUUCUUCGCGCUUGGUGCUUUCGUCGCGUGGUCGCUUGGAGCGUGGGAGAGUGCUAUGAUCCGAGUCGGCUACCGCUAUCGAUUGCGGCCGCUGCUGCUGUUUGUAGGCGAUUCAUUGACCGAGCGAGGCUCCAUCCCGUCUUCCAUGGGGUGGCUCUCAAUGCUGGAGAGCGACUACAGACGCUCAGUCGACAUUCUGGGCCGCGGACUCUCCGGAUACAACACGAAAUGGUACCUCAAGUACGCGAUGCCCGUUAUCCACGACGAGAUCACGAGUGGCAACUACAUGCCGUCGCUAGUCACGAUCUGGCUGGGCGCCAACGACGCCGCACUACCCGACGGGAGCAUGUCGGAGCAACACGUCCCCAUCGCAGCGUACCAGUACAAUCUAGUCAAGCUUGUUCAGAGUUUUAAGGCCAUUGCUCCAGCCGCCAGCAUUCUCCGCGUUGCCCCUCCACACGUUGACGACGAAGUGCAGAAGACCAAUGCCAUGGACGAGAAAGGAGCCAAGAAAGGGUUAGUCUCUCGCUCGAAUAAAGUGACGGGCGAGUACGCGCGCGCCUGCGUCGAGACGGCAAGUGAAUUGAACGUCCCGGUGCUCGACUUGUACUCGUACUUCAACGACAUGUCCAAGUCGGAGCGCAACGCGAUGCUCUUGGACGGACUGCACUUCAACGAGACGGGCAAUGGCGAAGUCUACAGGCAACUCCGCGACAAAAUCGACUCGGACUUCCCCGACCUUAGUCUCAAGCUUGAGCGGUGGCAGCUCCCGCGCUUCGAGGACUGGGCCGAGACCGACCCGUGGACUCCGGAGGAGAGCACCACAGUGGACUUCGCCAACGUCCGAGUGCGCGGCUAA